UCUUAGCAAUUCAUUAUUCAUCACAAUUCACAACUACACAAGAAAUUAAAACCUUUUUUUAGUUUUCAAUCCAAUUUUCCUAAGGAAAAAAAAACAUGUCUUGCUGUGGAGGAAGCUGUGGCUGUGGAUCUGGCUGCAAGUGCGGCAGUGGCUGUGGAGGAUGUGGGAUGUACCCCGACUUGGAGAGCGCUACUACCUUUACCAUCAUUGAGGGUGUUGCACCUAUGAAGAACUAUGGAGUGGUUGCUGAGAAAGCAACAGAAGGAGGAAAUGGCUGCAAAUGUGGAUCAAACUGCACAUGUGAUCCUUGCAACUGUUGAGACACCAAAAUGUCUCUUGUUCUAUUAACUACUACUAUGUGUUUUAAUAAAACUACAAAGCCAAUUGAACUGACCAUCUGCAAAUCUUUUUGACAAAGGUUUGUCUGAUGUUUAUUUCAUGGUUUUUUAUGUUUGGUUUCCUAAGUCUCAUUAGUUAUGUUUGUAUGAAGGAAGUUCAUUUGGGCUUGUAACACAAAACUUUAUCAAUAUGAAAUACAAGUUGGCUCCUUCUUUU